CUUUUGUAGCAUAUUCGACGUAUGUCAGCUGGUUUUUCAGACGAUAAAAUGCAACUUUAGCGUGACGAGUGGUUAAAAAAUUAUCAGGUACUCAGCUUGUCGGUCUCACAUCCUCCUUCAGCCGGCUGUGGUUUGGCUAAACAGGAUGUUAUUAAGACACAUUUUCUGUGAGACGGACAGAACGGCUUCAGCCUGCUGACGAUAUGAACACAGCACUGCGUCUGCUCUUGUGUUUCAGCUGCUACCAGAUGACUUUUUCUUAUGCCUCCAUCGUGGUCACUCCCAGCAGGUCUCAGUUUUAUGAGUAUAACAAAGUCUCCAUCAGCUGUGAGCAGUUCAGACCAGGUGUAUGGACCGUGUGGGGAUACACAGAUCAAAGGCUGCGGGUGUCCGAAUGUGGCAACGAGUGGGGGACUCUGAACCGCUCCACCUGCACCUUAAACACCUUGAAGGAGUCCAGCAGUGGAGUGUACUGGUGUGAGUCCAAACACAGGGACAGCAGCAACGUCAUCAACAUCGCCGUCACAAGAGAUUCAGUGAUCCUGGACAUUCCUGUCCUUCCUGUGAUGGAGGGACAGAACGUUACUCUGAGCUGUGAAGACAAGGACAAACAUUUAGACAUUACAGCGUCUUUCUUCAAAAAUGGAUCCCUCAUCAGCACUGAACCUACAGGUCAACUGACCCUUCAUAAAGUCUCCAAGUCCAAUGAAGGAGCUUAUAGAUGUCAGUCAGUCAAUGGGAAGACUUCUCCAUCCAGCUGGCUGCUCAUCGAAGAUGGCUCCAAACCAGCGUCUCUGACUGUGAGUCCAGACUCCUCUCAGCUGUUUGAGUACGAUUCCUUCUCUCUGAGCUGUGGAAACAACAGCAGGCGUCAGGAAUGGACAAUCAAAAGAAACCCAAACAAUGGAAAACAGAUCUCCAGCUGUGGGGACGGCUGGGGCCAACUGGCUUCUUCUGGCUGCAACAUUUUAACAGCAAAACCAACUGACAGCGCCAUCUACUGGUGUGAGUCUCUGUCUAAGCAGCGCAGCAACUCAGUCCACAUCACAGUUGGCAUCAGUAAAGAUGUGAUCCUAAAGAGUCCUGCCCUGCCUGUAAAUUCUGGAGAUACUGUCACUAUGAGCUGUCAAACAAAGACCACUCCCUCCAACCUCUCAGCUGAUUUCUAUAAAGAUGGCUCCCUCAUCAGGACUGAACCCACAGGUCAUGUGACGCUCCUCCAUGUGACCACGUCUGAUGAAGGCCAAUACAAGUGUAACAUCGGUGGACGUGGAGAGUCUCCAUCCAGCUGGCUGUUUGUCCGAGCUGCUGAACACUCUGAUUCCCACUCAUCUUCUGCUGUGACUCCACUGUGGACAAUCAGCCAUGUUGCAGCGUUGAUCUCCUUUAUCUACCCAACAUACUUCAUCAUUUGCUGUUGCAGACACAGAAACAAAGCAGGAAGGAGUCCACCACUUCCUGCCAGAACAUCAGCAUCCAGAGCAGCAGAGGAAGAUGAAGCUGACUAUGAUGACGCCAUGGGGCAGGUCACCACUGAGCAUCAAUUCUGAAAUCCUUCUUUUUUAAAUACUUUUACUGUUUAAAGUGUUAUAACUCUCAGCGUUAUGUGUUGUAGAUUUUUUUGUACUUUGGACAUGAAGUAAGAAAUAAAUAUUUUUAUUUUUUAAA